AAUUUACCAAAUUGACUACCAACAUGGCAACUUCCCCGCGCUCGUCCGACCCUGGCGCGUUUCCGCCACCGUCCCCAUCCCACCAGAGCCUGCCUGAUGUCACGGAAGUACAGCCUCCGUUCAUGGCAAAGCAUCCCAAGGGCUUUGGGGAGAUGGUACACAUGGAAGGCAUCGUGAUCAACGACACGUACCUUCUGCCGGUGCCUCACUUGGCGCAAUGGUUGCCUGACUCGAACGCAUUUUACCCCAACGAGCGCAAUAUCGACACGCAAGACAAGAAGGAUGCGCAGGAUUUCGAUCGCGCGUCCACGUACAACCGUAUCAUGUCCCAGAACGAUGUGAUCCUCGGCGACAUCCGCCGGCAUCCCCGGCAACAACCCGUCUCCCGGGCUUAUCUCCGCGCAGGUCCACGCGCCAGUCUUUUCUUCGACCCGACCAAGGUCAAAGCCGCAAUUGUGACCUGCGGAGGACUCUGCCCGGGCUUGAACAACGUCAUUCGCGACAUAACGUUGGCACUGUGGAACUUGUACGGCGUGCGCGACAUUUAUGGCAUUCGCAUGGGGUUCGAGGGAUUCCACAACUGGACCGACCUGAAGCAGAAGGAAGCGCCAAUCAUGCUCACCCCCACCCUCGUGGGCGGCAUCCACCACAACGGUGGGACGAUUUUGGGCUCAAACCGCGGCGGGUUUGACGUGGAGAAAAUUCUGUCGUUUCUGACCAAGAACGGGGUCAACCAACUGUUUGUGAUUGGUGGGGACGGCACGCAUCGCGCGGCCAACAUCAUCGCGGACGAAUGCCGCGCGCGGUCGCUUCCGAUCUCCGUCGCGGGGGUGCCCAAGACGAUCGACAACGACGUGGAUCUGUUGGAUCGGUCGUUUGGAUUCAACACGGCCGUGGAGGAAGCGCAGCGCGCCAUCCGCUCCGCCAUGAUCGAAGCCACAUGCGUGCCAAACGGCAUUGGCGUGGUCAAGCUCAUGGGACGCUCCGCCGGGUUCAUCGCCGCGCACGCGACGUUGAGCAGCGGCGACGUCGACUUGUGCUGCAUUCCGGAGGUGCCGAUUGUGUUGGACGGACCGCGCAGUUGCUUGGCACACGUCGAGCGGGUCGUGCAGCAAAAGGGCUAUGCCGUCGUGGUCGUGGCAGAAGGCGCGGGCGAAGAGCUUCUCGGGACGUCGGCGCAAGUGGACGCAGGCGGCAACAAGAAACUGCCGCCCAUUGGCGAGUUCAUCAAGGGCGAACUCCUCCGGCACUUCCAAGCGAACGACAAAGUGGCCACGGUCAAGUACAUUGACCCGUCGUACAUGAUUCGCAGCGUGCCGGCCAACGCCGCCGACAGUUUGUACUGCAUGCUGCUGGGCCAGAACGCCGUGCAUGGCGCCAUGGCAGGGUACACGGGCUUCACGGUCGGCCUGAGUGCGAACCGCGUCGUGUUCUUCCCCAUCACGGCCGUCACCAAGAACUCCCCGCGCUGCAUGGACCCCAUCGGCCGCACGUGGGAGCGUGUGCUGUGCAUGACUCGCCAGCCCAACACGGUCCGAGAAGGAUGGACGGCCCCCGGCGCGACCUCGUCCAACUUAAUUUAACAUGACGGGUCCUUUGCACUGCGUUUGUA